AACAGAUUGGCAGAACUUAAUGAUGAAGGCGACAUCGGUAAAAUUAAUAAUGAUUGCAAUAGAUUUGUUUGCGCCUUUGGUGCUAACAGGUCCUUCAUCAGAUAUCGGUCUGCGCUAAUGUGAAAGAGGUGAAACGAGGAGACGCAUUUGAAGAAGAGACUGCAGGUGUUUCUUGCGGAGAUGCUGAAGCUGGGCACAGUCAAGGGCUUCAAGUACUUCGCUUCAUACAUGAGAGGGCGUGAGGAGAUGGUCAUCAGUGUCGUCAAUGAACCACAGACCCCCAACAACAGCUACAGCAGCGAGCCAGGCACUCCCCUGCACAACACAGAGUUUGCAGCAGGCUCCAGCUUCACCUCCAACAACCUCCCCUAUGACAAGAGGUCACUGAUGCUGUCUCAGCGGACGCAGAUGUCUCUGAGCGGCCUCGGGGACAAGGGUGUAGGUUUGCCUCCAGCCUCCCCAAGUGAUGAUGAGACACAGGCCAUGGAUGAGUCGUCCACCGUGUUCCUGAUCGCUGGCUACACCCGCUACUCCUGUCCCUAUGUGUGGGUGCGCUCCAACCAUGAACGCCUGGUCAGGCUAACUGGGGGAGACACUCAGGAGAAAGACAACCCUCUCAGACUCAAGUCCACAUACAAGUGGAAGGAUAAUGACGUUUGUAUAUGGGACAUCAUUGCCGAGUUAGUCAAGCUAUGCACGUAUCCAGCUCCCCGCAACCCAUUUGCCGUGGACAUUCCAUUCUUCUCAACUCUGCCACUCUCAGAGCAGGUGUUGUCAACAGCAGCCAUGGUGUCCUUCUUGCAGAAAGUGUUGAUACACACACCUGAUGACAGACCUUAUGCUGCUAAAGUGUUUGAGGAUCUCCAGUUAGUGACAAAAUGUCACUUCUCUGCUGUUCAGAAACUGGCUAAGGAGGGAGGGUUGCCCAUUCUGCAUCCACAGCAGCAGCAACAACAGCAGCAGCAGCGCAGGAAGAUGAGUGGCGGUCAGUCUCAGUUGUCAUCACGGAAACGGUAUCCAAGCAGCGGCAGUCAGUACCCGGCCCAGUAUGGGCAGUACCAGCAGCCCACAGCAGGCUACAGCUACGGCAGUCACAAUACUUCCAGCUACUGACUCACUCACUCACACACACACACACACGCACGCACACACGCACGCACGCACGCACGCACGCACGCACAGGGGGCAUUGACAAGGAGGGCUGUCCUAGGGUCUAGUCACAGAACUGACCUUCAAGGAGGACAUAGGACAAUGCUCCUGGGGAUCUUUGAAGACUAUGUUGUCCUUUGUAUGGACACAACUAGGCAGAGAUUACAGUAUAUAUGUAAUAGACAUUAUAUAACAGAUCUGUUUUGCUCUUCUAGUUGCCAUAAUAUGUAUUGUCAUGAUCUGUGCUGCAUUAGUGAAGAGUAUAUUGUCGAAGAUGUCAAAUGCAAGGAACAGCUGUGUGUGAACUUGAUUCAUUUUAUUGAUGACAUGACAUGAUUAAACAUAAAACAAGAAGAAAGAAUAAACAAUUUAAUAGGAAUCUUUCAUACAGCAAAUGAUGCUUCGUUCUACUAAAAAACUGCUUCAAAUUUGGUAUUAUUUAUGAGGAAUCCUUGUGUUGACCUCAAAUACUACCAGAAUAUAUUGUAUGUCAAAUGUGGGCAGGUAGACAUUCCACACAUAGUGUAAUGUAGCCACACCAGCCACCACUCACCUCUACACCUGUAGAGGUAAUGGAUGAUGUAUGGUCGGUGGAAGUAUUGGGUAAUCACCGUGUGUGAUGGUUAGAGAAAAUAGGGUAAACUACUUCAUGUCAUGUUAACCAUGGAUUUAGAUGAAUAAUGUUUGUCUUGUUUAUUGUUUUUCUUUCGUCAUUAUAAAAAAAUGUCACCAAGCGACAGUUGCCAGUGUGUGUAAGAUGGUAGUCAGUUGCAGGCGUUGUGUAAGCGGAGACAUGAGAGAUCUGUUUCAUAAACUCAUUGUGGGGUUUGGAUCUCUUGGGUCUGUUCCCCAAAGGGACCUUAUUCGAUCUUAUCCUUCUUUCCAACUUCUAACAUAGACCCACACCUGUAGCAGUGCUACGGUGGCUUAUUGGACAGAACCCAGGUCAUCUGGCAGCAGUUGGCCACACUGUUGAUCUGCAUACACAUCCGUGACACACUUGCUGUAUUCCCUCUGUUGAUGUUCUGGUAUGGAGCCUACUAAUUAUAGUUGUAUAUAUUUGAAAAGUAAUAAAUGUAUCAUCACCCACAUAUCAUCA